AUGAAUUAUAUGCAUUUAAAAAAUUUACAAACCAAUUAUUGUAGAAAUAAAAGAAGUAAAUAUUUCCAAAUUUUGCAUAACUCACAUAAAACUGAAACCUUUUUUUAUGUUAAAAAAAAAAAUUUUUCUGUAUUGAAAAUUUCCAAAAAUUUAGAUAGUUAUAUUAAUAAUAGUAAUAAGAAAUACAUUUUUACUAAGUAUAACUUUUUUUCAAAUGAUAGAAAAGAAAAUGUAUUAAAUACAAAUAUAGAAAAUAAAAAUCCACCUGUUAUUGAUAAUAACAUUAUUAAUGAGAAAGAUGAGAGAAAAAUAAUAGAAGACCAAUAUAUAAACCAAAGUAAUAUAGAUAAUAUUACAGAAAAAAAGAAAAAAAAAUGGUCAAAAUUAAAAAUAUUUGCAUAUUCUUUUAAUAUAGUUUUUUUUUCUUAUGUAAUUUAUAAAGUUUACAAAAAUGAUAUGAAUUUAUCUAAAGCAGAAGAAAGUAUAAUUAAAGACUUUGUUAAAUUAUUUUACUCUUAUGAAGAAAAAAAUAGUGUAAAAAAUUCCCAAUUUUUAACAUGCCUAAAUGAAAGUUUAAAUAAACAAAUUGCUAUGUAUUUUAUUCAACUAGAUACCGACAAAAUUUCAGGUUUUUUAAUAAAUGAUGCUGUUAAUUUUUUAUCUGAAUUAAAUAUAAAUGAAAAUAAUGAAAUUGUAAAAAAAUUUAUUAAAAAAGGAAAUGGGAAAAACAUGGAGUUGAAAAAGUUAUCUGGCUGUUCAUUACAAGAAUUUGCUGAAUUAAUAGAAAGUUUAAUUUUAGUAAAUAAAGCAAAAAAUGAAACAUCUUUAUAUAAGAAAUCAUCAUCCCUUGAAAAUGAGAAAAAAUAUUUUAUUGAUGAAUUACAGUAUUAUUUAGAUACUAUAGUAAAUUUUGUUAAAACAACUAGUAUAUUUUUAUAUUAUAAAAGUAAAAAAAAAAAACCCAAUGAAGAUAUAGAACAAAUAGAUGAUUUAGAAAAACUAAUUCUAGAUAAACUUACGCAUUACAAUGAGAAAUACUUUGAUAAAAAAAACUUAUCAUUAGAUUAUUUACUAGGUAAAGAAGAAUUAAACUAUCUUAGAAAUAAUUUAUCAAAAAAGACAGAAGAAAAGGAAAUUUUAUUAGUAGAAAAAAAAAUAUUAGAGGAAAAAAUUAAAAUAUUGAACAAUUUGCAAUUGAAAAGAAAUUUAACUGAAGCAGAAAUUAAAAGGUUACAAGAUUUAAAAGUAAAAUUAAAAAAUCUUAAAAAAACUAUGAGGAAGGAAGAACUUAAGAAAUAUUUCUUUUUAUAA